CUUUAGGGAUGCCUGAAAGUCAAGGGAAAGACAGUGAAAGCUGCAUCAGCAGCAAUAGUUCCAGCACUACCAGCUCGGUGGCUUGCUUCGGACAGCAUCAGUACACAGCAAGUGAAUAUCAAGCUAUCCAGCAUGCUCUUCGUCAGAGACUGGGUCCAGAAUAUAUCAGCAGUCGGCAAGCUGGAGGAGGACAAAAGGUCUGUUACAUUGAGGGUCACAAGGUAAUCAGUCUGGCCAAUGAGAUGUUUGGCUUCAAUGGCUGGGCUCAUUCAGUCACUCAGCAGAAUGUUGACUUUGUUGACCUCAACAAUGGCAAGUUCUAUGUGGGGGUCUGCGCGUUUGUGAAAGUUCAGCUUAAGGAUGGGUCAUACCAUGAAGACGUGGGCUAUGGAGUCAGUGAAGGCCUAAAGUCUAAGGCCUUGUCCCUAGAAAAGGCAAGAAAAGAGGCAGUAACAGAUGGACUGAAGAGGGCACUCAAGUGCUUUGGAAAUGCUCUUGGGAACUGCAUCCUAGACAAAGACUACCUACGAGCUGUGAAUAAGCUUCCACGUCAGGUCCCCCCCGAGUUAGAUUUGGUCAAAGCUAAACGACAAGACUACGAGCCUGAAAUAGAGAAAGCAAGAUACAAUAGCUGUUUGGAAAGACAGAACGCAGGAGGGAGACAACAUUGUGAGAUGGCAUCUAAUUGUGUGCCUGGUCAGGCAGAGGCUGCUGCAGUGACAGUAGACCCGAAACAGCUAAAUAAUUCCAGAAAUACAGACUCUUCAGCUAUUGAGUGUGAUGCCACUUACCAGCGGAAAUUGCGACAAAAGCAGCUACAGCAACAGUUCCGGGAACAGAUGGAGAAAAAGCAUCAGGUUCCAGUAGUUUCUCCCAGCAGCAAACAGGCAACUCCCAAUCCUCCUGUAAAGCACAGCACUCCAGCAGCAGUACAACAGGAACUAGAAGUAGAAGAGGAGUUCUUUGCAGAUGAUCCUGAACUUUGGGACAUUUCCUUGGAGACCAUUGAUCUUAAGAUAAUGGGUCACAAAAUGGCAGACCCAUCAGCCGGGCACCAAACUCCUGAAACACUCCGUGGUUGUCAUCAAAUGACUGCUCGUAACAGGACACCCCGCAGAAUGAACUACUACAAAGCUUCUAGGCUUGCACAGCUGCAGCCGUCUGCUGCCAUCAUGAGCAGCAACCAGCAUACUUCAGAGUGCAGCCCUCUCAGGAGAAGUCAAAACCAGAAGAGGAGGAGGCUAGAACCCACAUAG